UCAUUCAUUCUUUUGUUCGUUCACUAUCAAGUUUAGCCUCCUCGAUCAACUCUUCAGAGGCUACUGAAUCCCUUCAACUAAUUUGUAAGUUUUUACAGGGAAAUCCCGGUAAUUUUGAACCUCGAGAGCUGCUUUGAGAUUCAUGGGCACGUCCUUUUCCUUGCUUUCAUGGAUUUCGAUUGAUGUGAUGAGGAGCACGAUCUGGGGCAUGAAGGAAGUUGAAGCAGUGUUAUCAAAAUCCCUCAGCUUCGGUGAGAACGAAGCGGUCAAAAUGACGCUAAGAUCACUUAGUUUCAAGAGGAAUGAAUCGGGAAUCAAGUCGAAAGCCAAAGGGCCUGAUUCGAUCACCAUCGAGAGAUCACUAAGCUUCAAGAACUGGGAGCCCGCCGAAGAAACCAAUAGGCUUGAAAUCUCCAUUCCGUUCAAUAAACCAGAGGAUCUCAUCACCUUUAAGGCAGCAGAGGAUCAAGCCCCGGUUUCAGAGAAGCCCUCGACUUACUUAAACCGCCAGCAUUCAGAGUUUAGCUCACCGAGGCCUCUGAGCGAGCGCGAUGCAGCAGCAGUGAAGCUCCAAAAGGUUUACAAGAGUUACAGAACUCGAAGAAAUCUAGCAGAUUGUGCUGUUGUAGUUGAGGAGCUCUGGUGGAAAGCACUGGAUUUUGCUUCAUUGAAGCAUAGCUCGAUAUCUUUCUUCGAUGUAGAGAAACCAGAGAGUGCCGUCUCUCGUUGGGCAAGAGCUAGAACUAGGGCAGCCAAGGUGGGUAAAGGUUUAUCCAAAGAUGAAAAGGCACAAAAGCUAGCACUCCAACACUGGCUCGAAGCAAUAGACCCACGACACCGUUAUGGGCACAACUUGCAUCUAUAUUAUGAUGUUUGGUUCGAAAGCGAGAGCACUGAACCAUUUUUCUACUGGUUGGAUGUAGGAGAUGGAAGAGAAGUGAAUCUUGAUAAGUGCCGACGAAGCAAUCUUCAACAGCAGUGCAUCGAAUAUCUUGGACCUAAAGAGAGGGAGGCAUAUGAAGUCAUUGUGGAGGAUGGAAAGCUCGUAUACAAACAAAGAGAAAUCCCUGUUAACACUGCCGAAGGUUCAAAGUGGAUUUUUGUUCUCAGCACAACGAGGGCACUGUAUGUGGGGCAGAAGAAAAAAGGAUCAUUUCAACAUUCAAGCUUUCUAUCUGGGGGAGCUACAACAGCUGCAGGAAGAAUGGUCGUCAAAGAAGGAAUCCUACAGGCUAUAUGGCCAUACAGUGGACAUUACCUCCCAACUGAAGAGAAUUUCAAGGAAUUUAUAAGCUUCCUUCAAGAUAACAACGUCGACCUCACCAAUGUCAAGAGAUGCUCGGUUGAUGAUGAUGAAUUCCCAUCCAUUAAUAUCACCAAUGACCAGGAAAUAAAAGAAAGGGCCAAGGUGGUGGAAAAAGAACCCUCAAAGGAGACUUCAAGCAGGCAAGAUGCGUUCGCAUUGGGACGUCGUUUAUCCUGCAAAUGGAGCACAGGAACUGGACCUCGUAUUGGCUGUGUCCGAGAUUAUCCAACUGAACUCCAGUUCAAGGCGCUGGAACAGGUUAACCUGUCGCCGAGGGUUAUCCCUUCGCCUAUGGGAAACAAAAUCCCUAUUCCAUCCCCUCGACCGAGCCCUCGUAUUAGGCUCUCUCCAAGGCUUGCUUAUAUGGGCAUUCCAACUCCUACAGUUUCUCUUACUCUUCCGAAGUCCAAAAGACUGUAAAAGAUUCAGUUUGUUUGAUAUUUUAGAAUUUUUAACGGUUUAACUUAGGUUAAUUUAGUUGGGUUGUUCAACAUACGGCUGAACCAAGAAAGUUUUUCCCCACUUUUUUUUUAUUUUUUUAUUUUUGAGGUACCAUGAAGCGAAGACCUGCACACCAGUGAGGGAUUUUGUAGAGUGUGUGUCAUUCUUUCGUUGUUGAUAAAGUGAUAAUACCUGUAUCAAUUCUUUUAUUGAACCAUGAAACUUUGUUGAUCUCC